GAAAACAAGACGCAAGCAGGGAAUGUAUCCUGUUGGUUGGAGGAGUGUCAGUACUAGAACAGCCAGGGUCACAGUAGGUCAAGUGUGUACAAAGCAGCAAUAAGGGAAGCUGUUUAGUCCUAGCUGUGUCUUUGAGGGUCCUAAGCAGAAGGGUGAGGAGCAGAAUACAGUGAUUCAGGAAACAGGCUCUCGAAGAAGCUUGUUUCCCAGCUGCCGGGACGUCACGGGAAAGACAAGAAACUCACAGCAUGUUUUUAUCAGGUGUCUGGAUUUUAGCUGUUUCCGUCACUGUGGCAGUACAGGAAAAAAACCCUCUUGCUCUAUGUAUCCCAGGACCCCAAGGUCCUCCUGGGAACAAUGGAGUUCCUGGUCAUAAUGGGUUCAAUGGGGAGAAAGGGGAGAAGGGACUCAGAGGGGAACCAGGUUCCACAGGAAUGCGUGGGCCACAGGGCCCUCCAGGAAAACUAGGUCCAAUGGGACCAAAGGGCGAAAGUGGACAACCAGGUCCCACCGGCCCACAAGGAAGCCCGGGAGAAUGCUCACCACGUCAGAAAUCUGCCUUUGCCAUGAAACUCGCCAAAAACUAUCCAGCUCCUAAACAACCCAUUAUAUUUCAUCAAAUUUUAUACAAUGAUCAGCAACAUUUUGAUAAGGCCACAGGAAUUUUCACUUGCCAAAUACCUGGAGUUUAUUACUUUGGCUACAAUGUGGAGUUGUACCAGAACACCACGUCCAUUCAGCUAAUGAAAAACAGCCAGGCAGUGAUAGGAUCAUAUCAGACCACCCUAAACUCUUAUGAAAAUAUGUCAGGAAGUACAGUCCUUAAGCUGGAGAAGGGUGACAGGGUCUGGUUAGAAGUGAACCAGGAAAGUAAUGGAGCGACACACACAAGCUACUUUUUGGGUUACCUGAUAUUUGAAAUUUAGAUUUCUGCAGAACUUCUGAAUUAGCCUCACCAUUGUGUCAGAAUUUAAGAGAUGAGGAAAGUAUACCCAGGGGUGGGGUAGGGUAAGGGGGGCAGGAGGUUUUGUCAGGGUCUGUUACUAUAUUAUAGCAGCAUCUGUUAUUAUGGUAGCACCGCCUACUAUUAUGGUUGCCCUACAGUUCCCAUUAUAAGACACAGUUUUCUGUUAUUUAUAACUUUCCCAAACUUUAAUCGUUUGGGCUGAAAAUUUCCAUGCCAGGUGCCUGACUCUCGUUCAAUGUUUUUGGAAAAUGUCAGCCAAAACACUUUAGCCGAUUCUGAGAAUGAGUAUAAGGGAAAAUACAUUUUGGUGACUUUUUCUUUGAGAAUCUCUAAUUCCUCCAUACUUUGGAGCAAGGUCUUGAUAUUUGGCAAGAGAAUGGCCUUUGUUUCAGGGAUGUUCCUGUUGGCAUCCCUUUGAAAAUCUGCCCAAAUUUAGCCACGUUAUAAGGCUUUGAAAAUUUGCAGUUCUCACAUGCUCAGUAGACACUUCCUAGAACUCCACAGCUAAACUCCCAAAAGAUUCCAUCUGUGAUGUUGCACUCCAUAUGCUUUAUAAAAAUAUGUUUAUAAGUGUGAAUAUGAUGUAACUGAAAUAUGCUUUAUGCAAAAGAUCUCUUGUAAGGUAUAAUUACAGAUCUUAUAAUCUACUGAGU